AUGGUACAGCACCUUGCCGCGGCUACCGCCAUCACGGCCGCUGCUACUACGGAUGAACCAUCGGCCGCCGAGGAAGUCUUCAACAUCACCGAGCUCUUCGAGUUCAUCUUCGAAAGAGUCGAGUUCCAUGACUUGAUCCGAUCCCGUCGAGUCUCACAAACCUUCCUCCUCCACAUCAAGAAGUCAGCUCCCCUCCAGCGACGGUUGUCGUGGCUGCAAAUCGAGCCACCAUCGAGGACUCUAUACACCUUCCUCAACUUUCAACUUUGUUUUCCCCACUACAAGUCCCACGGCCCCUUCAGCAUGGGCCACUCAGGACCAACCUACUCUCGGAGCGGACAAGACGAACUACUCUACCUUCACUUCCACAACCGAGAUCCCACCUCUCCGGAGUCUGGCCGCCUGCAGAUCACGCCAGACCCUGACGCAUCCUGGCGAAGCCACAGAAUCGCUGACAACGACGUGCGAAUCUGCAUCACAUACGACGACGAUGUGAGCACAUACGGCCAUGAGCUCCUGAAGGCGGGAUCCACGCUCGGAGAUGUGUACGACUGGCUAUGCAAGAAGCAGGAAUUGACCUGGCAGGCUAUCGAAGAGGAGUUGAGUGGUGGGUGGGCGCUCAUCUCGCUGAAUCCCAGAUCGCGCGAAGCUAGGGCGCUCACUGAUGGUGGACAACGAUUAGUAGAGGCAUAG